GGAAGAGACUAGAAGUUAAUUUGCCCCCUUCCAACUCUCCUAAGCCGAGUGGGUCCGACUCGACCCUCCGACCUCUACUCUUCUAUGCCGAGUGGGUACUCACCGGCGCUCCGACUCCCGCCGCUUCCACCGGCCAUCCACUCCUCCCCGUGUGCCCGGCCUCCCGCCGCACGCCGCCAACCUCUAGUGCUCUGCCUGCAGCCGCCAGCGCCCGCCCGCUAGUCCGCCCCACCCCAAGAUCUUUCUGGUGAGAUCUGAACCCCCAGGGUCCUUGACCACCAUCCAGUUCCGACUCGGGUGCCGUAUCGCCGCCACAGGUGGGGAGUGGAAGGAUGGAUAAUCACCACCCGCAGCAGCCGAAGCAGCAGUACGGCGACCCUUACCGAGCACUGGUGCCGUCCCCGCAGCCUGACCACCACCUCCACGCCCUCCAGUACCACCAUCAGCCGCAGCCGACGCUGAUGUCUCCUCCUCAGCCGCAACAGCACCACCACGCCUCGCUCGCCUCCCACUUCCACCUCCUCCAUUUGGUCACAAGAUUAGCUGAUGCAAUUGGAACAGGAACAAGGGAUCAAAAUUUUGAUGCACUAGUUGAAGAAUUGACCAGCCAAUUUGCCAGGUGCCAACAACUAUUGAACUCUAUAUCAGGAACGAUAAGCUCGAAGUCAACUUUGAGGGACAAAGGCAGAGUUUGGAUGAAACACAGCAGCUGCUUGAUCAAAGGAAGGAUUUGAUUACAAAGUACAGAGGCUCCGUUGAAGACAUCAUUAAGGGGGAUGCAAGAUAGAAAUACCAUCAUAAUGCUUAAUGUUGAGGUCUACUGUCACCAAUACAUGAAGUCUCUUCGUACUUAAACUUUCUGGUAUGCGUUAACUGAGCUAGUAGAUGGUGUGGAGUAGGGACCUAAAAUUGUGAAAUGGGAAUUGAGGCGCUGCACUCGUGUGCCAAGUGCAAUGUGUACUGGAGAACUAUCCAGGAGCUCACAGAUCCGAAUGAUUAAGUAGCAAUAAGUAUUGUUCUCGGUAUUUGGGUUGGGUUAAUAAUUAAGUUCUCUUCAGGGUUCCUCCUCCCCGGAGUGUCAAAUAGAAGCACUCUGUAGAUGUCAAUGCCGUGUUUGUGCGACACAGAAAUUGCCAUCCACUGCUCUGGCUGGUGCACCUCUCAUGCCAUUGAUGAUGUAUGCAGUGAGCUCCAUGUUGACUUGCUUGAUUUCACCAUU